CCUCCUGUCCCGGUGCUCUGACAGCUGCUGUGUGUGUAACGGAAGACAUUUUGAGCUGCUGGGGUCGGUCCGGUUUGUUUGUGGGGUCUCAGUUUGAGUUCGGGGCUAACGGACGGUUGGUCGGUGAAGCAGGAGCCCAUCUAACGGGAACCCGGUGCAGGCUAAGCGGCGCAUGUGCAGCGACUCACAGGAGCUAGCAGAGUCCUAGAUGCUAGUUAGUUAGCGGCAGCUAGCUGGCCUGCCCUCCUCUUCCUCCUCCUCCUCCGCCUCCUCCUCCUCCUCGACAGCCGGUCCCUUCUGACAGAAACAAUGGCGUUAAAGCGGAUUUCUAAGGAACUAACGGACCUCUCCAGAGAUCCCCCGGCUCAGUGCUCGGCCGGCCCGGUUGGGGAAGACAUGUUUCAUUGGCAGGCCACCAUAAUGGGUCCACCCGACAGUCCGUAUCAGGGCGGCGUGUUUUUCCUCACCAUCCAUUUCCCCACCGAUUAUCCCUUCAAGCCCCCCAAGGUGAGUGGACCGGCGCCUCCCGUCCGCCUGCCGGCCCGGUCCGGUCCGGUGGUUCUGAUCCGUUUGCUCUGCUUCUGUCUGCAGGUCGCCUUCACAACCAGAAUUUAUCACCCAAAUAUAAACAGUAACGGCAGCAUCUGUCUGGACAUUUUACGCUCGCAGUGGUCUCCAGCCUUAACCAUCUCUAAAGUCCUUUUGUCCAUUUGUUCUCUGCUAUGUGACCCGAACCCCGACGACCCGUUAGUGCCAGAGAUCGCCCGCAUCUACAAAACAGACCCCGUCAGGUACAACAAGACCGCUCAGGACUGGACCCAGAAAUACGCCAUGUGACCGGCUGGCCCCGCCCCCUCCCUCCCGCCCACCUGUACCUGCAGCUCGCUCACGUUCCCGUUCGUCCCCUCCUGAAGCGUGAUGCUGUUCCUCCCCGUCUGUCCGUGUGUCUGCUGGAGACACGAGCGGCCGGUGACCGGGCCGAGCAGAACCGGGCCGAGCAGAACCCGCCCGCUCCCUCAUGCAUGUCAGUGAUUGGUUCCUGUGCCGCUCAGAACUCUGUGUCCACGUUUUAACGGAGAAAAGCCGUUUCCGUUCGUAGCCUCUUUGCUUUUGGCGUUUUUAGACGAGAGCCGUUAGUUUCUCCAUCAUCCGACCCGUUCUCCUGGUUCUGCACUGGAAGGCGACCCGGUGCCGCCGCGGCGCUGGUCGACCCACUAAUCGCUCUGUGACGGUUUUUCUCAAUAAAGAUCAACAAACAGAAA